AAAAUAUCUUUUCCCUAAUCUCUCUCUCUCUCUCUCUAGAGUUCAUCAAAAUUGUUCAUCUCUAAUGCAUCAGAUCUGUAAAAUCACUAUGGUAUCAGAGCUAUCAAUCGAUAAUUGAUUCAAGUUCGUUUCAAUUUGAUCCUUAUUUCUCUCAAUUUGAUCUCUGUUUUUGUGUUGCGUUUUUUUUUUUUUCAAAUGUUCAAAAUCAAUUGAAGAACAAUUGUUCGAUUCUAUUCUGUUCGACUGUUCGAAAUCAAUUGAAGAACCAGUAUUCGAUUUCCUUUAAUUGAAGAAAUUUUGCUCGAUUGUUCAAAUCAAUUAAAGAACAAUGGUGAGCACCGACACUAUCGAUGAUGUAGAAAAAAUGCAUCCCCUUCAUCUUCGUCAAUCGGACGUUCCGAGAUCAGUGUCGACUACAAUCCAACUCACAGGCAUGGAGAAUUACUCGUUAUGGGGUCGAUCUGUGCUUCUAACACUCCGAGCUAAAAGUAAAGUAGGUUUUGUACAUACACUUGUAAAAAGAAUGGUUAUAGUUUCGAUUUAGAAGAACAAUGGGAGAAAUGCAAUGCGGUUGUCUUAUCACAGAUUAUGGGUUCAGUUUUAAAGGAGUUAAUGAGUGGAAUUUCUUACGCAAUAGACUCCUCAGUAGUCUGGCAGAUCUAAAGGAAAGAUUCGAUAAGGUUGAUAGAUCUAGGGGAUAUCAGUUACACAGAGAGAUUUGCACAAUUUCGCAAGGAAAAGGACCCUCAUUUGGUGAGUCAACUGCAUCAUAUGCAGGAAAAGGUUCUUCAUUCUACAAGCAGACUAGUAACUACUCUGGGGCUGAGGUUGGUGUAUCCUCAGCAUUGUAUACAGGAAAAGGACCACCAUUUCACAAGCAGAAAAAGAACUACAAUCUGCAAAUUGCAGGGCCACACUAAGGAGACUUGUUACAGAGUUGUAGGGUAUCCACCAAACUUUAAGUUCAAAAAGAAGUUAGGUCAAAAAAAUGGUCACAACAAUGGUGCAAGGAUGGCUAAUGCAGUUGAAAUGGAUGAUCCUUUUGCAACAAUAGUGAGGAACCAGGACCUACAGAUCCAUGCACAACCACCUUUCACACAAGAACAAUAUGACCAGAUUCUCAGAAUGCUAAGCAAGGAACAAUCUGAUGAGCCAGUAGCAAACAUGACAGGUAUUGACAAAGCUUGUUUCAUUAACAGUGAUUGUUAUAAAAAAUAAAAAUGAUGGAUAGUUGACUCAGGCACAACACAAAGAUAUAACAUCAUAUUUAGGUGCAUUAUUUGAUCUAGCAAAAGUACAAGAUGAAAGUAGGAGGCAGGUACACUUACCUAAUGGGCAAACUACAUCUAUCACACACAUUGGCAACUAUAA